AUGUCAGCUUGUCCCGUGACGCGUUAUCAGUUUUGGAUAUGGGGCCCAGUUUUUCUCCGAGCCGGCCUGUGUGUCCAACCAUUUGCCGCAAAUUUGUCGGUAGCCUGCAAUCACUGCACGAUAGACUACGACAAAGGGCGAAAAUCGAAACACGGCUCGGAGGGAUCAGUACAGCAACUAGCUCUGUAUACCGCACCACCCUUUCCCGCAUGGACUCUCUGCUUGCCGAUAUUGCGUCGUAAUGCCACUGGAAGAUUAACGAGGAAUCUGACUCCGGCUCAGAGCUGGAGCUAUAAAGAUCAGCGUGAGCGACAAAGGCGGGGAGUUUCGUGGUUCUGUCACAAGAAAUGGAUAGAGCCAUUACACGUGUACAUCUUCAGGAUCGAAGAUCUUUGUUGCCCUACCACACCAUUUGUACCUCCAAGGAAGUACAGAUAG